AACAGACCAGGUAUAAGUUAAUACAAACAGUGCAAGAACAGAACACGGAUUCCAAGUUUUAUCCGGCAAAUAUUUGUACUAAUAUUUGUUUCCUCUUAUCAUCAACCUGUAUUUUCUGAAACGAUUUUAACAGUGAAAAAUUAUCUUACGAUGAAUCUGUUAUGUACAUGUUUUAACGCUUUUGCCUUAAGAAGUGGAAUGCGAUGUGCGGUGAAUUACGAAGGGCAGAGACAUAUUAAAAGAUGGGUGUCACCUACACUGAAAGAAUUAACUAGACGUAAGAAGCAGGCGAUUGAAAAAUCGGAACAAGUUCCGAUCCCAAAACGCAACACCUUUCUAGAUUGGAAUAGAUCUGCGGAGAUAUAUGCAUUCAACAAAAGACUGUCCGAAAAUUUCAAUAUUGAGAAAUUGGAACAAGCUUUCACCCACAGAUCGUACAUCAUUAAAGAAGAGCAGAGACAAAAAGAAAUGGGAAUAGAAGAUCCUAGCCUAGAUAUAAAUGAUAAUACUACUCUCAUUAUGAAAGGCGAGAAACUCGUAUCAGACAUUGUACAAAAUUAUUUAACUGAAGUUUUACCAUUUGCACAUGAAAAUGUCAUAAUGUCGUUACAUGAUUACCUUCUCUCUGAAGAAAUGCUGGCUACUGCAUCUUUACAUAUUGGAACCAAAGAUAUUAUUCUAACUGAGGAACAUCCUGUGGCACAGAAGACUUUGGCUGAUACUUUUCUUGCUCUUACCGCUGUACUCGCAGAAAGUGUGAACACAAAGCAUGCGGGAAAUUUUGUUAGAGAUUUUUUAAUUGUAGUAUUAGCUGAGAAAGAUUUAACGGAGAUAUGGAAUCCGUCUCAGCCAUGCGAAAUUUUAGAUGACAUUCUAUGCAAACAAAAUAGAUCUCCUGCUGAACCGAGACUCAUCCGUCAUACUGGACAAAAUACACUUUUAUCAGCAUAUCACAUAGGAAUGUAUUCCGACAAAAACUUCCUAGGUUCAGGAUAUGGUCAGACUAUUCAAGAAGCUAAAGAUGUAGCUGCUAUAAAUGUCUUAAGCCGAAUGUUCGGUUUAUCAGAUUCUAGUAAUCCAAUAAAAUUUAACAAAGUGGUGGAUAUAUCUUAAGCUAUAAGAAAGGAAUACUUAGUAAGAACAAAUUUUUAAUAAAAAAAAAGAAGUUCUGUAUA